GGAAGAAAGGAGGGUAGGUUACGGGGUCUGGAAGCGCUGGGUCUGAAGGGACGGGGUCAGUAUUAUUAUUUUCUCCGACUGCGUCCACCUCCUUGUCCCGGCGGUAGAUUAAAACGGUAAAGAAAAUAAAAAUGGAGGCGGAUAGAUCUGGCGGAGGAGCUGGUGGAACAAACCCGAACUGUGGAGGAGGAGGCGGCGGUGCGGGGCGCAACCCGAACGGGCCGAAAGCAGUACCCGGGCAAGCGACGACAGCCGCGGUGACCACGGCGGCAGCGGCCGGGGCGAUGGCCGGGACGUCGCACCCUCGAGACUUGCAAGACGGGGACGCGGGCCUGUCGCUUCCCGGCAUCUUACACUUCAUCCAGUACGAGUGGGGACGCUUCCAGGCCGAGAAAUAUCGCUGGGAGGCUGAGAGAGACGAACUCAGGGCUCAAGUGGCAUUCCUCCAGGGUGAGAGGAAAGGGCAGGAGAAUAUGAAGCAGGAUCUCGUAAGGCGGAUUAAGAUGCUGGAGUAUGCUCUCAAACAGGAGAGGGCCAAACACCAGAAGCUGAAAACUGGGAACGAUCAGAGUCCGGGGGAUAAGAAACCAGAGACCGAGGCAGACCAUCUACCCAAUGGGCCAGCUGAGUCAGAUUCCGAGCCAGCUAAUCAGAUGUCCUGGAAAGAAGGACGUCAGCUACUUCGCAAGUACCUCGAGGAGGUGGGCUAUUCAGACACUAUCUUGGAUAUGCGCUCUAAGCGUGUGCGCUCUCUGCUGGGGCGGAGCAGCCCCGAGGCCAAUGGUCCACCGCCAAGCGAAGCCUCCCCAGAGCCCGAACCUCUGGCAGGUGGAGAAUCCCUGCUGGUCAGGCAGAUAGAAGAGCAAAUCAAGAGGAAUGCAGGAAAAGAAAGCUCAAAAGAACGUCUGGGUGGCUCGGUACUGGAUAAGAUUCCUUUCCUGCAUGGCUGUGAGGAUGAUGAUGAGGAUGACAGCGAUGAAGAAGAUGACUUCCAGGGUAUGGCCACUGAUUGCAUCGAUGGCCCACGCAAGAACAAGAAGUCUCGAGUCAAGAUGGGUACAGAGCCCAUGACCACAGAGCUGGACCCUGAAGAAGAGGAGGAUGAAGAUGACUCAGAGGAUGCACUUAGCGAGUUUGACUUCCUGGGCUCGGGGGAGGAGGGGGAGGGGGCGGGCGAGGCCCGGAUCUCAGGGGACGGACGGGAGCUGGGUUCAGAGAACCGCAGGAACAAGUUGCAGGGCAUGAUGUCGGACUUCCCCCCAAAACCUUCUCCGCCCCCCACUGUGUCGGGACAGGCUCGCUCUGGGGAAGGUGGCGCACUGGGUUUCUCUUCUGAUGUCUUCAUCAUGGAUGCUGUUGGAGGAGGGGAUAUGAACCUGGGUGAGCUAGCUGAUCUCACUGUGGCCAAUGACAAUGAUCUCUCCAUGGAUAUGCAAGACAGCAGGGAGGAAUUUAAGAAGACAUGGAACCCACGUUUCACACUACGCAGCCACUUUGAUGCCAUCCGCGCUCUGACCUUUCACCCCAGUCAGGCAGUGCUGCUGACAGCCUCAGAAGAUGGGACACUCAAACUCUGGAACCUCAACAAGGCCAUGCACUCCAAGAAAAAUGCAGCACUGGAUGUUGAGCCCAUCUACACAUUCAGAGCACAUAGUGGAGCUGUCUUAUCUCUGGCCAUGGGUGAGGAUGGUGAAUCCUGCUACAGUGGAGGCCUGGAUGGCACUGUUAGGUGUUGGAAGAUUCCUGACCUCAAUGUGGAUCCAUACGACAACUACGACCCUGGCAUUGAGAGCAGUGUGCUGGCUGGCCAUGAGGACAGUGUGUGGGGUCUGGCUUACUCCUCAGCCCACCAUCGCCUGGCCUCUUGUUCAGCUGAUGGCACAGUUCGAAUCUGGGACCCCCAGAACUCGGCCCCCUGUCUGUCAGUCUUUAAUAAGGAAAAAGAGCAUGGCACACCCACCUCUGUGGCCUUUGUGACCUCUGACCCUAACCUAGUGGUGGUGUCAUUUGACGCCGGUGAGACAUUGCUCUAUGACCUCAACACAGAGCAGAGCAUCAUGGUGCUAGAGACGCAGACCAAGGAUGGCAGCGAGCUGAUCAACCGUGUGGUCAGCCAUCCAUUGGAGCCCAUUUCCAUCACUGCACACGAGAAUCGCACCAUCCGCUUCCUCGACAACAAGACAGGUAAAGUUGUCCACUCUAUGGUGGCUCACCUGGAUGCAGUCACCUGUCUUACUACAGAUCCUAAAGGCACUUACCUCAUCUCUGGCAGCCAUGAUUGCUCAGUGCGCCUAUGGAUGCUGGACAACAGGACGUGUGUGCAGGAGAUCACAGCCCACAGGAAGAAGCAUGACGAGGCCAUUCACGAUGUGGCCUUCCACUCUUCGCAGCCUUUCAUUGCCAGUGCUGGUGCUGAUGCACUCGCCAAAAUCUUUGUCUGACAAUGCUGUCAUCAUACUGAAUCCUACAACUACAGGUGGGCCAAACGAGACUGAAGGACACAGUGGACAAAGCUCACCUGCUUACAUUAAAACGUGUACCUAAACAUUCAUACAUACAUAUAUAUACAUAAACACACACACACACACUUGUCCUACACCCCACUGGCUGGGUCAUCGCCACAGGACACCACUUCCCUCAAUUCCUCACUGUUCCAUGAUGCCUCAGUGACUUGUUGUGAUACCAAUCAUACUGCUUUUUAUAACUUCAAGUUUCUGGCUGCUCGGUUUUGUUAAUGUUUGGGGUGACACUUUUCUACACUACAAUAUUCUGUUCUGCUUUGUCAGUCUGCUGAUGGUUAUUGAAAUGCACGUGUGCUUGAGAUGCUGACAACUACUAACUAACAUGUACAGACAACCCCCAAAGGAAGUGCGUAUGUGCGCAGCGCACAAAAUGCACAAAUGCUCCACCACAUUUCUUUGGAGUCCUCUUUUUGAAUAAAUAUGAAUCUAAACUCACUUGAUGCUAACAUGUAUAGGCAUGCCUAAUUACAGUUUCCAGCGGCCAUCUGACCAACCAUUACAUGGGGAGAUAAUGUAUUACAUUCCAAAGACUCCAUUGGAGUGCAUGUGUAUUAGUAGUAGUUGGGGUUGGAGAAUGUUGCACCUAGUAGUAUUUGAGAAGACACUAGCCAGACACUAACCAGUGUUAAAAAAAAUAGCUUUAAUUUUGAUUCCAUCACCUUGACACAGAGUUUCAUUGAUUGUAUGUCUGAGUAUUAUAUUGUAUCCCCAUUUCAAACGAGUGCGUGCGCGCACGUGUGUGUUUGUGUGAGAGAGAGUGUGCAUAUGUGUGUGUGGAGAUAUAACUCUGCUGUACAAGAUGAAUGAAUUCCACAAUGGGGGGGAAGACACUAUCAUUGUCAUCAUUUCUUUCAACAAAUAUACAAUUUUCACUCUAUUCCACAGCCGGCCACACACACUUGUAGUAUUUGCCUGCUGAAGAUGGAUGAUGAUGAAGAAGCACAGUUACAGACAGUCCCUAGACUAGAAUUAUAGGACAUCAGUCAGUUACUCAAUUAAUACUGCAGAUUUAGCCAUUUGGGUUUUUUUUUUUACUGUACAAAGGAGUGCGGGUGUGUGUGUGUGCGGGUGUGUGUGUGUGUGUGUGUGUGUAUAUGUUUCUGUUUGCAUGUGCACUAGUUAAAUCACGGUGCUAAGAAAGACCUUGUUAGUCUUGAGUCAGAAUCAGGGACCUGUUGUGCAUGUGUGUGUGUUUUCUCACUCACUGGGCUAUGGAUCUGAUUAGGUGAAUGAGUGUCUCUUUUUCCUCAAAACUACACCUUGUUUUCUCACCAUUUCAUUUACUUGUAUUGAGAUACUGUAAGUCACUAUCAUUCAGAACAUCACUCACUGGUCAUAAGGUGAUUUUCGUUUAAGUUAUGUGUAUUGAGUCCAUCUUUAUCAUUCCUCGAAGAUGGCUGGCUUGUAAGGAAGUGUACAGAGUCGAUUGUUAUGGGGGGACCACCUCAACUUGCUUGAUUUGAAUAAUUACAGCUGUCUUGAGUUUUUUUUUUUUUUUUUAAUUUCUCCUGAGGCUAGUGCCAGUUUCUGGGCAGUGCUUAGUUUGGGCUAGACGGUUCCUGCUUGAUAUUUAUUUAGGCCUCUAGAAAAGCUUAUUAGAAGACGUCACUACUACUUGAGAGUUAUGCUGACGGUCCUGUUCGCUCUCGUAGCAUGAUGUGCGGCUGUUGCACGGUUAGUGCACGACCCACAGUGCUUAUGGUGUUAAACUGGUCCUCUGUCUUCUGUCAAAGGAGUCAUGCUGGGGGAGAACCCCCCCUCAGGGCCAAAGAAUUAUAUUUAUAUCAACCCUCCACCUUUUCUUUUUUUUUAGGAAUUGAGACUGAGAUCUACCUAAGCCUCAAGGCAACAGGGUUGGCUUCAUUUCACUAGACAGGAAGUCACUAUACAGUUUGUUUGCUUUUUUUUUUUUAAGAAUUUAUAAUACAGCAUCGAGGUCAGGGGUGAUGGCUGACUUUAGGGGAAAGGAUCACAGGUUAAACGACUUACCUAGUAUCCAAUCUUCUCUGAUUCUGUGACUCUGGUCACAUCUACUCCAGUUGCUGUGAUGAUUGUGCUAUCCUGAAUGGGCACCCUGAAGGCAUCUACAUUGCUAGAUGGGGGCUAAAUGAGCACUGGAGCACAUUUAUAUUUGGAGAAUCUUCCUAACUAUGUCCCUCCACUGUCUCCAGCAUUCAUGCUUACAUGCUAGCUUUAGAUAAGACUUGCCCCUUAGCAGCUGACAUAUGACCAUUAUUUCUAACCUAUAGCCAUUAGACGAUUGAAAUCUCCUACAUUCUCUGUCAGUUAGGGGGCUGCUUUGUUCUCAUUAACAAAAUGACAGGGUCACUUUAGGGGUCAGAGUUUUGGAUCUGAGUGUCAAAAGGAACCUAAAGGUAAACUCCAGUCCCGGCCUGUUCCUAACACUGGCAUUUUCUGGUCAGUUUAGUUCAAAUGUUUCUCUUAAAAAGGGUGGUGAACUGUUGGUCUGAUUGUACACAAGAUAGAUUUUGCUGUAUAUCUUGGGCUUUGACAUUGGCCAGAGAACAACUGAGUGCAUUUGCUGGAGUGUAUUACUACUCGGCAUUGCAUGCUGUUACAACUACAGUGACACUUGAUGGUUGGGAAUGGAUGCAGACGAGGUGCAGGAAUACUUUUUUUUUUUUGCAAAAAUUUCUUAUCCGUUAUUGGUUAAUGCUACAUGGGUGUCUUAGACUGAGUACGACCUACAAUUGUUGGGAGUCAGUCACAUUUUCUGUAAAUCAACUGUUGCUUUUUUCAUACUGAGCUAAGUCAAGUUACUAAGAAAAGACAAAUCAGGACACAAAUGUGUGAGAAGAAAAAAAAACGUAAAAAAAGAAAAUGGGAAGUGAGAAUGUAAAUGAAAAGACUAGAGAUGCCUUGAUGUGCUGUAAAUGUCCAUCAUUUUCAUGUUUAUUUUCUGUUGCAAUUGAUUUCUUUGAUUAUGAACAUGAUUAAGAUGUAAGAAUACUGUAGUAUGAUAAGUGAAUCAUUCUUACUUACUAGGCAUAGAAACUGCUUGUGGUUGAUAAUGGUAAUGUAUAACUUGUAAAAAAGCAAAAUAAUUAAAAAACCUGAAAAAUUAAGAAAAUUGUGAAAAAAAAGAAGUAAUCAGUCAGAGGCCAAGGUAAAGGACUCUCAUUUCUUUGUGUUUUUAUUUUUUUAAUAGCAACUUAUCACUGUGUGAUAUUUUGUACAUCAUAUUAAGCUGUAUUCAAUCUAUUUCCUCUAACUACAAGGGAUGAAAGACCUGCUUUUUAUUAAUUUUGUUUUAUUAUAUAUAUUUUUGAACUGCAUUCUAGCUUGUAUCAAAUGACAUUUUCCCUCUUUUUGUUUACGGGUGCCCUGUUGUAUGUCAUUAAGAAAAACACAAAAUUAAGAG